AUGCCUACCCCAUUCUACGAACCUAAGGACAUCGAAUGCUGGGGCCACCGCGGCGCCUCGGCCUUCCUCCCCGAGAACACGCUGGCUAGCUUCCGCGCGGCCAUCAAGGAAGGCGCAGUCGGUAUCGAGAGCGAUGUGCACAUGACGUCGGAUGGCGUCGUGCUCAUGUUCCAUGACCCGACGCUUGACAGGACGACUAAUGGGACUGGCACCAUUCGCUCGCAGCCGUGGCACGGCACCAUCGAGCAUGUGCGCACAAAGAAAGAGCCGGUGCAGCCCAUCCCGCUGUUGGAGGAGCUGAUCUCGCUCAUCAUGGAGCCCGAGAACCAGCACGUAAUCCUCAACAUUGACUGCAAGAUGCAGAAUGACCCUAAUGUCAUGUUUCCCGAGAUGGCGCGCAUCAUCCAGCUGUACCCCGACUGGGAGACCAAGCUGGCGCCACGUCUCAUCCUGGGCCUCUGGCACCCCAUCUUCAUCCGCCCGGCAUACGAGCACCUCGGCCUCUUGCGGCGGUACCACAUCGGUGUCUCGCCGGCCCUCGCUCGCGAAUACUUCUGGGACGUGUGCGAGGGCUUCUCCAUGGCCUUUGCCAUGCUAAUUGGCGCCGAGGGUCAGCAGUUUAUCAGCGACGUUCGCGCGGCCGGAAAGGAGGUGUGUGUCUGGACGGUCAAUGACCCCAGCGAGAUGCGUACCGCCAUAUCCUGGGGUAUCAAGGCCAUCCUUACCGAUAAGGUCGGGGCGUUCGUUGAGCUCCGCGACGAGAUCGUCGCCGACCCCGCAAAGUUGCCGAUCCCCGGUCUCGGAGGCUGGAUCUUCCCCUGGUCCAGCUGGAAGUACUAUUCUGCAACCCAUCUUUGGUUCCAGCGAGCGCAGCUUGACCUCAUGCGCACCGUCUGCUAUGCCCCCGGACCCCUCCAGAUGCCCAACCUCGAUGGCCUCGACACCAAAGCGAACGCCUCGUCGCCAAACGACGUCGAGGUCAGCGAGACUACCACCAACGGUAACUCGGAUGUCAUCGGCGAGAAGCAUGUCGCCCCUGUUGUCCCCGAGGGCGGCGGUGUCGCAGAGACGGUUGGCGGGGCCGUCGACGCCCCUGUACCCGCCUUCACUUCCCCCGUCCUCGUGGCUGCCGCGGCGUAA